AGUAAGGUUAACGCCCGGACGUGGCAGUUGGGCAUGUCUCAUUGCGGGAGGCACGAGGUGAAAGGCGACUACUGCCUUACCUGCAACAGUGAACAGGAUUCGUAUGGUCUGCUGUCGGCUGGGUGCUGCUGGUCCUAAUGGUGUACGAGGCCGCCAGUCAAGAACAGGAGAACUGUCCAGCAUUGUACCGUCGCUACAGUGCGAAGCACACCUUCUGUGCUGUGCCCCUCAAGUCGUGCCAUGUCCUCGAUAUCGGCGUGGCCGACAGAGACAAGGAGAUCAUUAUUGACAUGCACAACAUGCUACGCAGCCGCAUUGCGAGGGCCGAAGGAGGUUACGAUAUGCCUGCGGCGGCAGACAUGAUGCAAAUAGAAUGGAAUGACGAGCUGGCUGACGUGGCUCAGAAGCUUGCAUCUCUGUGUUCUGUCAAAACUGACUGUGCAGACUGCAGGCAAGUAGAAAACUUCGCCGUGGGUCAGAACAUAUGCAACUACAAGGUGCGGUCGAAGGCACCACCUGCCAUCUACUGGCGCUCAACUAUCAACUUCUGGUACGAAGGCAUCAAGCAGUUCCCCGUCGAUUUUGUGGAGCAGUACGCGUACAAGACACUCUACGGGACUUUCACGCAGCUCGCAUGGGCAUCCACGUGGCAAGUGGGCUGUGGCUAUGCUCUUUUUACUAAAGGCAGCUGGUACGUGCAGUCCUACGUCUGCAACUACGGCCCCGCAGGCAACUACAUUGGAAGCAGAAUGUACAAGCCGGGAACCGCCUGCACCUCCUGCCCACCGGGAACUGCAUGCAUAAACAAGACACGGCAGUUGGACGCCGCUGUUUACAAGGGCCUUUGCAAGUCCUCAAGCCCGGACGGACCCCAAGUGCGGCUUCCUCCGGAGGCCUAUUCUUUCUGCAAUUUCCAAAACGCUUCGUCCAAGGACUGCAUUGUCCAAGAGCAACCGUACGGCGCCUUCCAGACACGUCGCAUCUUAGGAGGUGGUUACCUCACAGCGACUGCGAGUGGCGGUGAAAGUGCAUCGGUCACUUUCCAACGCCCUUUCGUGGUACCGUCGGAGGAAUCCUUUCCUGAAGCAUCGUGCCUGCGAUUUCGGUUCAGGAAGGGUCCACAUGGAGCCGGGACGGGAGGCCAAUCUACGCUACGUAUUCGUUUGGAUGUACAAGACAGUCACGUCGUGAAGACGACGGAUAUCACCAGAAAUUAUCCUCACUGGGCCACAUACAGUAUUAGUAUCACGAAGCCAAUAAGUAUACAGCUCACGCUCAUUCUACAGGUGAAGCCCAAGGGCCCACCGCACUACCUCGAUGUCACAGACGUUCUCUUGACGAAAGGAUAUUGCUAACGAUUGUUGUAUUACUUGGAAUGGUCCACCGUACUUUGCAGCCAAACGUACAAAAUCUCUCUUCUCUCUCUCGGACAUGGUCCACUUGUUGCGAUGACGUCAAAGAAGGAAUGUAGCAACGCGUAAUUUCAAAGAUAUUAUAUAAAGGCGGUGCACCUCAA